AUGUUCACCACGGGCGUCCUGGAAACGAUCUGGGAUUUGAUUCCGAAGACCAUUCAGGACGCCAUCGUGCUCACCAAAGGACUUGACGAACGUUUUCUUUGGGUUGAUGCAAUCUGCCUCUUACAAAAUGAUGAGAGGGACAUACAACAAGGUGUCAAUGUUAUGGACAGCAUCUUCGAGAAUGCACUAAUGACAAUCAUCGCUACUAAUGAGCCCGACGCAGACUCGGGCCUCCCCGGCGUGGACGGCUAUAAUCGCUUCCACAGGCAGCUUCUUGAGGUUAUCGACAAUAUCGCAUUUGUUGUCCACCCUAUGUUAGAUGUGCUCUUGUCAUCUUCUACUUAUUCCAAGCGGGCUUGGACGUUUCAAGAAGACAUGUUUCCCGUCGAGCGCUUGUUUUCAUCAACAACCAAUGGGUUUUUCGCUGUCAAAAUUCCAUCCUGUCUGAAGACUUGCUCCAUGCGUUCCCACGACAUCCUUUUUUGA